AUGAUUCAAUGCCAAAAGGACUUUUGGAAAACGCCAUUACCUGUGCCUGAGGACUCAACAGAUAUUAGGUGGAAGUGGUUUAAGAAUUGUUUAGGAGCAUUAGAUGGAACACAUAUUAGGGUGAAAGUUCCAGAACAAGACAAACCAAGAUACAGAACAAGGAAAUGUGAGAUAGCAACAAAUGUUUUAGGAGUUUGCUCUCAAGACUUGAUGUUUAUAUAUGUUUUACCGGGAUGGGAGGGAUCUACACAUGAUGCUCGUGUUCUUAGAGAAGCUUUGAGCAGGAGAAAUGGAUUAAAAGUUCCUAACGGUUGUUACUACUUAGUAGAUGCUGGCUACAAUAAUGCAAAGGGCAUUCUUGCACCUUUUAGAGGGCAACGUGAUCAUCUCAAUGAGUGGAGGAAUGGAAACAGACCUGAUUCGCCACAAGAAUUUUUUAAUAUGAAACACUCAAGUGCUAGGAAUGUUAUCGAGAGGAGCUUUGGUCUACUAAAAAUGUGUUGGGCAAUUCUUAGGAGUCCAUCAUUUUAUGAUAUAAUAACACAACGUCGUAUAAUAUCUGUGUGUUGCAUGAUUCAUAACUUUAUAAGAAGAGAGAUGGUUGUAGAUCCUAUAGAAGAGGAAUAUGAUAGGCAACCGCCUGUGCAAGAUGAUGAGGAUGAUGACUAUGUUGAUACAAUUGAGACUUCAAAUGAGUGGAUGAUGUGGAGACAAAAUCUUGCAAAUGAAAUGUGGAAUAUAUGGCGUGGAAAUAGGAGGUCGACAUAA